GUAUCAAAAUGUGUCUUAUUCAUUCAUUGAAAUUAAAUUGUGAUCGUGUGGUGUGCUAAAGUUUGGCGUACAAUGAGUGAACAGUGAUUCGGGAUAUAUUUUUCAUGGGUUCAGUUCAAGCUCGAGGACUUCAAGUGCGAAAUCGCGACGCCCGAUGGCCCGACCAAACUCUCGGAGAUCAUGUGCGCUCGAGAAUGCAAAAACCAAACGGCUGCCGCGGGCUGCUGCUAUUUGCAAACACUCUCUUCUGUCACAGAGAUGUGAACAUCGAGCAGGAGCUAUGAGUUGGAAUGUGACAGACUCGGUGGACCAGUGGGAUUUAUUAGGCACUAAUGAGUCCCUCGAGUCCAACUGGAGCACCAAAGUGUACCAGAUGAGACCAGCGGCUGCCUGGUGGGACGCGGGCCGCGUCCAAAUUCCACUCUACAGCCUGAUCUUCUUGUUGGCCGUCGUGGGCAAUGUGUUGGUUAUUCUGACGUUGGUGCAGAACCAGCGGAUGCGAACCAUCACCAACGUCUUCUUGCUCAACCUGGCCGUGUCCGACCUGCUGCUCGGUGUGUUCUGCAUGCCCUUCACCUUGAUAGGCGCACUGCUCCGGGACUUCGUUUUUGGCGAACUCUUGUGCAAACUCAUCCCCUACUCUCAAGCCGUUUCCGUGUCUGUUUCCGUGUGGACGCUGGUGGCGAUUUCGGUGGAGAGAUACUACGCCAUCUGCCACCCGCUGAGGUCUCGCCGCUGGCAAACUCUUUCGCACGCCUACCGCCUCAUCGCAGCCGUAUGGGUAGGCAGCCUGCUGCUCAUGACGCCGGUCGCCACCCUUUCCGAACUUCAACCCACCAGUCAAGGACACCACAAGUGUCGGGAAAAGUGGCCUCAUCUGGAUUACGAGCGAGCGUACAACUUGCUGCUAGACGCGGCGCUGCUCGUCGUGCCCCUCGUCGCGCUCACUGCAACUUAUGUCUUGAUUUCGCGCACCCUUUGGCGUGGCAUGAAAGCCGAGGCAAGAUACUCGAACAAAGAUGGGAACCACGAGGUGUAUGUGGGUCUCAAUGGAUCGGCGCUGACCAGGCGGCAGAGUUCUUUGCGCGGCAGUACAAGGAACCGACCACGCGCCCUUCAGCAGGAUUCAUCGAACGGCAACAGCAUGUUGCGGCGGACCAACGCCGAAAAAAGUCUGAUGAGCAAAAAACGCGUCAUCCAAAUGCUGUUCGUGGUGGUGCUCGAGUUUUUCCUGUGCUGGACGCCGCUCUACGUCAUCAACACGAUCGCCCUGUUCGACAACAUGGCAGUCUACUCGGGCCUCGGCUACACCGGCAUCAGCUUCUUCCAACUGUUGGCGUACAGCUCGAGCUGCUGCAACCCCAUCACCUACUGCUUCAUGAACGCCAGCUUCCGCAAGUCGUUCCUGAACGUCUUCGGGUGCCGCCGAGGCUCCUCUUCCGAGAGCAGACUGAACGCCAGCGGCGGAAGUCCGUCGGAGCCCCGCCGCAACGCCAGCAUCCGCCAACGGCAGGGGGUGCUCCUGUGUUCGUGGAUGGAGGCGGCCGAGUCCAACAAGCGCCGCGACACGCAACGUCUGGAUCCGGACGACAACCGAAACGGCAGCAGCUCGUCCCAUGGUGACGCAAUCAUUGUCACCGGACAGCUCUAAUUUUUCAAAGAAAAGAUAAGCUUUUUGUGAUUGAUUGGCCUGUGAGUUUAGUUCAAAAUAGUACACAUCAGAGGGCUAUGAAGUAUUAAUUAAAUAUAAGGAACUGUAAGAAUGUGAAAAGAUAUUUUUUAAAUUGGCUCGAUUUUUUUAACAGGGUAGAAAUAAGAAGAUAAGCGAUUAAACUAAAAGAUGGUUUUGGCAUAUUAGUCUCUGUUUAAUUUAUUUUAAUUCAAUUAUCAAAAUGAAAUCAGCUAUAAUAAUAAAUUCUCAAAAUUGGUCCCAUUUAAAAAGUUUUUAAUAAUAAGAAAUUUAUUUCUUCCCAAAAAAAUUUCAGUUCUAUGCUUAAGUUUUUUAAGCAAUGCUUGGUUAGUUUUUGUGUAAUAAAUAACUCUUUAUUGACUUGCAAAUUGAAGUCGAUUGAUUAUUUUUACUCUGCUCAUAUAUGCAAAAAUCAUCAAAUGGAUACGAGUAAUGCAAUUUUAAGUUGAAAUGUUUUCAGUGAAAACCACAUGCUAAAUUUGACACAAACAGACCAAAUUGACCAAAGUUACCUACUAAAUUUCUAGGAAACUUGAAACAAUACAAAAUUUUAUUUGUAUUGAAAUAUGAUUUACUUUCGAAGAGAGAAAAAUUUGAUGUUUGGAAACUUGCACACAUGAAUCUAAAUGUUUUAAUUGCAAUUCUAAAUUAAAGUUUUUAUUUUAGUUUCUCUCCACUUCAAAUUAAUUUUGAUUUGGCUUAUUUUUUAAACUGACGAGCUUGAUAGUAAAAACAAAAAAAUAAACCAAAUUAUAUGACUUACCAAGGAUAAAAAUAUUUCUUAUUUUAGAAAAUAUUAAGCGCCUGAAAUUUGCGUCUAUAAAAAACUUCUUGAAAUUUAAUAAUUUUAAUAUUUUUUUUCUUUGUGAUGCCUGGUGAUGGCAAGGCCGGCUGAAAAGCAAAUUAUUAUUAUUUAAAAGGUGCUUAAAACACUUGAAUUUUUUUUUAAAUUGAAGUAAUUGAAAAUUAAUAGGCCGUAGUGAUUUAAUGACAAAUUGAAUUUAAAUUUAAGAGACGUGCGUCUUUAAACAAAGUUUUAUUCUUCCUUUAAAACCAACAAUCAAUUUAACUUUGAAGCAAAAGUGGAGCAAAAUGACUCAUCAGAUAAACAAAUGAGCUCUCUAAAAUAUUAUUUUUCUGUGAUGUAAAAUUAAUGCAGACAGUUUCAAGAAGUGUUGCUUCUAUUAUCUCUCUAUAACUAACUUUACAUGUAUGUAAACAACAUACGUAACUCUCGAGCUGUGGGAACAAAAUGUUGCAUAACUUUUCCGCUUGCUCAUCCCUUUCUCCUCUUUGCAUGAAUCAUGUAAAUGUUACACGCUAAACAACUCCAUCUCUCCUUGCUGAAUUUGAAUGUGAUGUAAAGUCGGGCAUAACUGUGUCCAAAAAGUCAAAAUCAUUUUGCUCAAAAUAGAUAAA